GGUGGCAGGCAGCGCAGGUCAGUAUCUGAGUGGUGUUACUGGGAGGAGGAGUGCCAGUCAACAUAAUAUAAUUUCCUCCGGCGACCUGCAGUCCAACCACGGAAGAACAACUGAAUAAACGAAUGAAGCAACGGUAGUAUGAAAAACCUGUGAAGUAUCCGCGAAUCGACGCUGGUUCAGACGCGCUUCUAACAUUGUUUUGAAGGCCUGUUGCUAGCCACGGGAAAUCCUCGGGCUAGCCCGGGAGACACCGGGCCGAAAGAGCGCAGAGGUCCGGGAAAGGAGCUCCGUGGGCUAGUUUAAACGAUCAGGUUUUACGGACGCUAGCUUCCCUAUGUUAUAAUCAAAGGAAUACGUAACCUCUCCUGCUCCUCCGUGGCUGAUAUAAAUCAGCGUAACUCAAGACGCUUUGAGUUUGACAGCUAGCUAACAUUAGCCCUCCUGUGUUUACAAGCUAAAUCAGAAGAGAUCCUCUGAACAAGUGCACUUAUGUGUAUUUGUUUCAGUUAAGAUUUGCGUAUUUGGCUCCCACCACCAGCCUGCUAGCUGGUGGUCAUUUGUAAGCUUGUUCUCUUUCUGUCUACGCCGACUGAAGGUCGCCAGCUAGGCAGCUAGCUAGAUCAGAAGGUCUACUAGCUGAGGUUAUCACAUCUUCAGGCUUAUCUACUGCAGCCCAAAGUUGUGUUACCUUGCUUGAUCUAGAAAAAUUGACCUUACGAAGUUGAAUACCAAAGCUAUCUUUAACCACCUCAAAGACAGUAUCCCGAAUGAAGGCUCACAGAGAAGUGUGGAUUUUGAUGCUGUCCGGACAUACAGGUGUCACCUGUUCUGCUUGGCAUUAAUAAUCCCACACCAGCGUCCAACAUCUGCUGCACCAGAAGCUACUGAUCUGCUGAUCGCUCUCUUGAGCUGACUUGCUCAAGAAAGAUCCUCAACUGAACCGACCACAAUGAAUCGUUACCUGCCGGUGGCACGACAGCACUUCCUGGCUGCCCUUGCCAGCACCAGUGUGGUGGUAAAAAGUAUAAGUGCUGUGGUGGUUCUCCUCUAUCUGCUGUCAUGGGCCGUGGACACUCCAUACGCACUGGGGGUGACCCCGGGAUACCUCUUUCCACCAAACUUCUGGGUGUGGACACUGGUGACCUAUGGGGUGGUGGAGCAGCACGUCUGGGGCGUGGCAGCCAACGUGGGGACAGUUAUGGCCUGUGGGCGCCUGCUGGAGCCUCUGUGGGGUGCUCUGGAGCUCCUGAUCUUUUUCGCAGUGGUCAAUGUCUCUGCAGGCCUCCUGGCCGGCCUCUCCUACCUCCUCACCUAUGUUGCCACCUUUGACCUGGACUUCUUGUUUGCUGUGCGUAUCCACGGAGCAGCUGGGUUCCUGGGAGGUGUCCUGGUGGCGUUGAAGCAGACCAUGGGGGAUACCACAGUGCUGAGAGUGCCACAGGUGAGACUCAAAGCAGCACCAGCUUUGGUCCUCCUCCUCCUGGCAUUACUGCGCCUGUCUGGCCUGCUGGACAGUUCUGCCCCCCUGGCUGCGUACAGCUAUGGCGCCCUGUCCGGUUGGGUCUACCUACGCUUUUACCAGAGGCACAGCCGGGGCCGCGGGGACAUGUCGGACCACUUUGCCUUCGCUAGUUUCUUCCCUGAGGCACUGCAGCCAGCCGUGGGGCUGCUGGCGGGGCUGGUCCACGCCGCCCUGGUGAAGAUAAAGGUGUGCAGGAAGAUGGUGAAGAGAUACGACGUGGGGGCGCCUUCCUCCAUCACUAUCAGCCUGCCAGGGACGGACCCACAAGACGCAGAGAGGAGAAGACAACUGGCCCUCAAGGCUUUGAACGAGCGCCUAAAGCGCGUGGAGGACCAGUCUGCCUGGCCCAGCAUGGACGACGAGGAAGAUGACGACGAUGAAGAGGUCAGAACCGACACGCAGCCGCUACUCCCGGGCGGGCGCGACCCCUCCUCCACGGCGAGAUCAGCAGGGGGACCCACCGGCGCCUCCCUCUCCUCCACCUCCUCGUCCUCGGUGUCACAGAGCAGCGGGGCGCAAUCGAUGGGAGGAGCGCAACACCCAGAGUCCAGCAUUAUCAGCUUUGAGGAUGCACCUUCUAGAUCGUAACAAAUAGAACGCACGUGUACAGAAGCACGCUCCGUUCGGUGUCACUGGCAGGUUUUACUAGUGUAUUCUGACUAGUAUACAGAUAUAUUCAGUGACCGUGAUUAGGCACACACUCGAUAUCACACACGCCAACACACACAACAUCUUUGACGAGUUCAUACACACAGCCUGUGCGCUCACAAACACUCUGUCAAUGUCAUUGUGAAGCCCAAAGGGGUGGUAACUGUACAGUGCUUUCAGUUCAGACAUGUUGGUUGUAAAUGCUCAGUGUAGUUGGGCAAACUGGACACUUAAUACUUCUCCUCCUUUCCGCAUACGACGAAAUUCUGUCUUGUCUGGACUUACUUCCAACUUGCAGAGCUCUGUCCACUGCUUCAUGUGUCUCUCUCUCUUGCUUUCUAAAUAAAUAACAAGAUGGGUGUACAAUAUUCUUUUUGUAAAUCUUUUUCGGAGCAGCCACACUUGUUUUCUGAUUGUCUGCCACGAGAAAGCCGCCAAUGACAGAGACUCACGUGCUGAAUUCUCGAUGAAAGGCCGACUCUAGGCCGGCUGCAAUGGACAUUAGCUUUUGGUUCACUGGUUCUAAAUAUAUAACCAGGUGUGUAAUGGAGGAAGUGUGAAAAGCUCCAAUAGCUGGAACCGAGGAAAGAAGCUGCUGCAGGUCUGUCCUGCUAAUGAACUAUGAUACAAAACUUCAAGAUUUGAAGAGGUGCCAGGUGAAAAGAAUUUUCCAGACCAGGUUCAUUAGCCGCCUGGUGUCUCUCUGGAACAACAGGCAGAGAAAUGGACUAUUUACCCAUUUUUUUUAAAUCCUUGAUAAUUCAAUGGAGAACAAUUCUGUAUUUUAUUUUUCUUCUGGGUCUGUUCAUCUCUAAACAAAAUCAAAACCCUUUGUUUCUUUGCACUAAUAAGACAUGUUAAUGGCGUUACACUCACACACACACAUCUGGGGGAUGAUGAUUAUUCGUCUUGUUUUACUGAGUGAGUUUUUGGUUAACUACUCCUGGAGCAUCAUCCUGCAUCCUUUUACACUUCCACCUUGUGGGGUCGGAAAUGAUACAAGAAUCAGCAGUAGCUAUUCAAGUAUCUGGGUGCAUAUGAUGCAGUGGUCCCUGUCUGUCAUGGUUGUUAGUCAUUCAGCACCAUUACAAAUGCAGAGAAGGGUUGCACAUGCAGAGUUUCUGUGGUGUCAGACUCUUGUUGUAUCUCAGACACUGACUCAUGAGGAUAAAUGACUCCAUCGACAGAGUAUGUCUGCACUGAUCAGUCCGCCAGCCCAGUAUUUCCCAGUCACAUCCUUUGCACUUUCUAAAAUCACAGUGCCAUUCAGGGCCAGCGGGGAAUCAUUUUCGUGGGAGUUUGAUGGGCAGCUAAAUUGUUUCAUAUUAAAUGUUUUGUAAAUUUUGUGCAGACCAAAAAGGUCAGUGGUUCAUUCAUUUUGUAGACAGUCAUCACUGUAGACGUCACAGUCUAUUAUGGUAAUGACCAAAUCAUUGAUUUCCCACUUCCCCACCUGUCCUUGUUGGUUAAAGUCAGUUGCAGCCAAUAAAUUAUUUCAGACGUUGGGAUCACAGCAAUGACAAUCUGAUGAAUUACUUUUCCAACUUGUGAACUUGUGAUCACAAGGUUGAAAUUGUUUCCAAAUUUGAAAGAGAACCACACUUCUGCAUUUUCAUAUUUAACAAGGAGGAUAAAGUACCAAAGGCAACGUCCACUUUAUCUCUCACCCCACCCUCUUCCCUGUAAAAGUGGCCUCGUAGAUUAAGUUGCAGAUUGUUCCUGGUCUGACAGCUGUUGUGUCUUUGUAGGUAGCCAAUGCGUUUGUUCCACAAACCAUCUCGGAAACUUAAAGCAAUCUGACUGAUGGUCGCUGCUGUUUGGUUUUGAUUUGACUCAGCAGGUUCCGUCAGAAGCCUUGCAAAUGAAAUGAAAUCCGGGAGCUAUGCAAAAUGUUUGGAUUAAGUACAGAAAUGUGCUGUUACAUGUUUAAUUUAAAGCUUUUCAUAUUUAAUAAUCUGACGUUUUCUUUGUGAAGAAUAAUCUUGCAGUGGCCUUUGCUGAUCAUUUAUCACCGACUGAGUUAGGAUACAUCAAAUUGAAAACGGACCAAACCAUCAGUUUAAAUGUAAAAAAAAAAAGACAGCUAGCUAUUUAUGACCUGCACCAUUAAUUAAUUAUUAUUAUCCAAUCCCAAAAUGUAAUUAAUUACAUUUUAGGAUUGGAUAAGUUCCAAAGCUGAGCAACCAGAAAAGAAUAUUCAUAUUUAUCAACAGCCUUAUUUAAAUAGCCCAGAAUGCUGUGUAAACGUUUUAUUCAUAUUUGUGGUAGAUGAUGUAGGAAAAAAGUUUGGGGUUCUGUGGAAACAAUAAGCCCACAGACAGUCUCAAUGUCUUGACAUGAACUUGGCUCACACAUUUUAUAGUGUAGUUCUAAGGAAGAACAUCACAUUUUGAUAAAAAGAGGAACUAGUGCUGUGUGACUUGACACCAUGACACCAGUUUAGGAACAUGUGCUCCUGAGAAAACACUGACAACACCUGAUAAAUUGAAAGAAAAAAGAAAAAGAUCACAUUAGCAGUCUGAUAUUCAAACUUGCAAUGGCUUUCAUUUUGUCCCCCUAGUUUGCCAACACAUGCUGACAUUUUAAUCUGACAGUGUGUUCCAGAUUAACGUUACAAAGUCUGGAAAAUUCAGAUUAAAUAUGUAGAGUUUGAUUUUGGAUUCUGAAGUCCAAGCUUCGAGAAACAGUUGCUUUUCACCUGAUGAUGGUGUUAUGUAUGGGAAGUGAUAAGCCAUAUUAGAGUGAUGAAAUUCUGUGUGUUCUGUCUUGUGUUUCUCCUUGUUCCUUCUGCUCAUUUCACUGUGCUCUUAUUUUAGCAAGAAGAAGUUUACGUUGCACGAGUGGGGCCAUUCUUUAAUUAUGAAUGAGUGAUGGUAUUUAUAUGAAUGGAGUCGUUCGGAGUGGAGAAGGUUGAGCUGCAGUCAAAUAUCUGAAAUCUCAAACUGCAACCUCUGAAAUAUUCACAGUAGUAAUGGAGGAAAAGUGUCCAAACCAACCUGUACAUACAGUAAUUACUGAUAGUAAUAGCAACAAUUCACACUUUUAUGGUGUCAUUCCAGUAUUGUUGUUCUUUCAAUUUACUCUGGAAAUAGCAUGAUAUUUCUUUAGCUUAGCUGCCUGCACAACUCAGCUUGCCUCACAUAGUAAAAAUACAACAAUACAGCAAAACACACUCAAACAUGGACACCUGAAGAUAACUGUGAAGUUGUGUAGUUGUGUAAUGAUCAGUUAAAAGGCGUAGGGAUGUUGCAGUUGGCAGUCUGAGAUUUCAGAUUGAACCCGGCGGUCUGACUUUCAGCCAAACCUCUCCGUCCCGUCCGUUCCCUUUUUGUUUAGUUUUUUUCUCUUUCUGUAUUCCCAUUUGUUCUGGCUGUAAACAUCCUAAAUGAGAAGAAAGGAAUGCAAUCACAUACUGUCUUUGUGAAUAAUGCCAAUUUACAGUUGGUGUUGACAAACUAGAGAAGCUACAGGUGAGGAUAAUGAAUGAUGUCAGGACUGUCACUGGGAUUGUGGAAGUGCUAAAAAUGCUCUCAUUGAAAUCUGGCUGCAUACACGGUUCAUACAUGUUUUUGUUUUUUUUCCUGUACACCAAUAUCUUGUCAUUAUUAAAGACACACCACAGGCAGGUAGACUAUUUUUAAACUUCAGCAGGUGCUUUCUCACUUUUACCCAAACAAUUAGAUUUUCCCUGAGUGGUUUCCUGUCAAAGUGGCCGACAGAGAGGACAGAUGACCCAGAUUUUGUCUGCAUCUAACUGUUGAUCACGUCCCACUUGGAUGUCCAGUUUCUGUUGUACGAGUUACCGAUCUUUACGGAAAGUUAAUGGGCUUUUAAUGUGACCAGGAAAUAAAAGGCCCAACAAUUUAAAAUACUAGUUUUUAAAAGUUGUUCAUUUGCAGGUACUAAUUGAAUAGUAGCCAUUACUGUAGUGCUUCAUAUGUUGCUACACUGAAUAGUGCCUCUGUGCUUUCAUUUUAGAAACCCUUCUGUUCUAGUUUUAAGAACCAGUGGCUCCAUUAUGAAACCUCUUUAUAUGUAUAAAGUAGACACGGCAACGUGACUACAUUUGCAAAAUCAGUAAUCACUUGAAAUGGUUGAAUUUGAAUUUUUAAAGUGUUAUAUUCAAUUAUUCUGGUAGCUUGACUUAUAUUUUAGCCACUUUGGCAGGCAACACAUUCCCUAAAAUAUAACUUUGGUAAAAUAGUGACACCAGCCUCCAGGACUUGUGGAUGAAAGCUGUUUUCCUACCCUAAAAUGAAUGACAGAUUGCAUAAAAUUCAUUCACAGCAAUGUUUUUGUUGUUUUUAAUAGUUUUCACUACUUUAAUUUUCCUUAUCUGUCCCUCCUUUCACACCUACAGGUCUCGUUGAUACUAAUGACAGUCUACUUCCCUCUCUACUGUGGCUGUUGCACAGACUUUUCAGUUUUAGUUUUCAAAUAUAUUUCUUUAUCUAUAUGAAAUAAAAGACGAUUGUAUGAAAUCAAAA